GUCAGUUGGAAACUUGCAAGCAAAGCGCGCGGUUUAAAAAGCUCGCAUCGCACAUGCGCAGCUGACUUGAAGCGCAGUUGAAGUCGCGCGUCGCGUGUUAAAAUUAUUGCCAAUAAUCAAUUGCAAUUGUUUUUUGAUGCAAUCGCUAAUAACAAUAAUUAAAGUGUGCAAAUGCAUGAAGCAUUUAAGAGCCAAACCCGAUUUGAAGUGUUGGAAAAAAUAAUUAAAUAAGUAAAGUUGGAAAAGGGCAAACGAAAUGCCGCAUGGAACAUGGUGACAACAAUAAAGAUAACCUGCGAUGGCGUCUUCAUCCAAUCCAAUUCGUAUCUCACGCCAACGCAAACGAAUGCUGGAAAAGGAUCAGGAUCAGUAUCAGAACUAGGAGCUGCAGCAGCUGCAGUUGCAGCAACAGUUGGCAGCAGUCUGAGCAACGAGAGUGACAACUCACAGACGAGCAGUGGCAGUCAAACCACUGGUAGCAGCACCACAAAUAUCAAAAAGUCAAAUCGAUCCACCUGCAGUCGGCAUCAUCGAGGAGGAGCUGCCUCAAUCACAGGAUCACAGGAUACGCGCAGGCGUUAUUAUUAUUUUGGCAGCAAGGAUGUCUAUUGGUGCAAGCAGAGUCUGACCCGCAGCACCAGCAGCUUGGGUCACCGAGAGGCAAUUGCCACUGCCACAACCACCACCAGCAGUGGCCAGUUGAUUGCCAAGGCUCGUCGCCGACCUCUUCAACUGUGCAGCAGCUUAAGUGCCGCCUAUGCACCGCCAAAGCGCAAGGAAUUCUACUUUUGUGAUAAAUAUGCACCAACGGGAAGUGGCUCUGGCAGAGGCAGCACCACAUUCACCAACCCCUCAUCCACAUCAACAUCUGCUCAGCCUAUCGAUGUGCGAUUGCUGAACUUUCUGCGCAGUGCACAGCGCAGAUUUCAAUCAGUAACAACAACAACAGCAACAGCAAAACCAAAGUCAGAAUACAACAACAACCGUAGCAGCAGCCGAAGCAACACCAAAGAACGUUCAUCCGCCAGAAGCAACAACAACAACAACACCAACAACAACAAUAAUAGCAACAUCAGCAGCAGUUCCUUGCCACUUAUCAUCAGCACAGAUGAUUGGUUUGACGAAGAAGCAACAGCAGCGAAAGCAACUGAAGCAAAGUCCAAGGAAACGCAAUCAAGGAAAACAAGGACAAGGGCAACCGGCGAGGGAGGUGCUCUGAUAACCGUGGAAAUUAAACAGGGUCAACUGCAGCACAAACAGCAACAGCAACAAGAAACAAUUGCGGCUGCUAAGCCGCCUCAAACAUCAACAAGUAGAACAGAAAUAGGAGCAGGAUCCGGAACUGAAAAGGAAGGAGAAGGAGAAGCAGUAAGGAAAGCAAGCAAAACGGUAACCUCAACAGGUGACAAUAUUGUCGACAGCUGCAAAGUCGAGGAUAUGAACAGUCACGCGACCGCCACACAGAACGGACAAACAACGGUCGUUGGACAUCAUCGCGGAUUCUCGCAGCCCUCAGUCGCCGCAACAGCUGCGUCCGGUGGCACAUCUGGUGAUCCAUGGUAUCUGCAGGCCACCGGGCAUCAAAUGCCGCCAACAGCCCCCCUGCGACACAAUAAACGCCCUGCGCCGCAGCCAAAUUCAAUGGGUGUUGGCCUCGGCGUUGGUGUUGGCGUUGGAGUCGGAGGUGGAGUCGGAGUCGGAGUUGCUGGCACAUCGUUGCUGCAUCAGCAACAAUUAAGCCAAUCACAACCACAUAUUGUGCCACCAAGCAUACCGCCCCAUCAUCAUCAUCAUCAUCGCGACAACAAUUUGCACCAGCCACAGCAGACAUCAGCAGCAGCAGCGGCGGCAGCAGCAGGUGCAUUGCAUCUGUCAUCGCAUGCAUUGAAUAGUCAUAAUUUAAUCAACAAUCAUUCGCCAAAAUCGCCCAAUCAAACGCAGCAACAGCAGCAGCAGACGACGACAAUCCAACAACAACAACAACAGCAACAACAACAACAUAGCAUAUUGUCAACAUUUGCACCUUCAGCAGCAGCUGCAGCAGCAGCAACAGCAGCGUCACUUGCUCAAUCGGAACAGAGUGCAUCGGCGACUGCAGCAGCUGUUGCUGCCGUUACACAGCAGCAGCAGCAGCAACAUAUGCAACUGCUGGCCAAUUGUGCCACUAGCAAUAAUCUAAUGUCCUCCUCGCUAACGUUGCAUGCCCCAGUGGGUGCAUUGCCACCGAAAAGUUUGGCGCACAGCAACAACAGUUGCACCAGCAGCAGCAGUAGCAACAACAUGUUGCUUCAGUCCUCACAGCCAACAGUUGCCAGCACCAGUGGGAGCAACAUCAACAACAACAAUAACAACAGCAAUAUCAGCAGCAGCAACAACACUACAACUGGCAUGUCCACAUCUCUGCACAGUUUUGAUAUAAACGGCGGCAGCAUGGACAAAUGGACAAGUGGCUCUACAACGGCCAUGAAUCAUGCAUCUCUCUCACCCACUAGUGCACCACAGCAGCACCACCAACAGCAACAACAACAGCAUCUGCGCAAGUGCGAAGUCAAACUGAAUGCAAUGCCAUGGUUCCAUGGCAGCAUAACCCGCGAUGAGGCGGAACAUUUGCUGCAACCACGCGAGGAUGGGCUCUUCCUGGUGCGCGAAUCGACGAAUUUUCCCGGUGAUUAUACGCUUUGUGUUUGCUUUCAAGGCAAAGUGGAGCACUAUCGUGUCAAAUAUCUUGAGAAUAAGUUAACCAUUGAUGAUGAGGAAUACUUUGAGAAUCUGGGACAACUUGUUGCCCAUUAUGAGGCAGAUGCGGAUGGUCUGUGCACGCAGCUGAUCAAUUGUUUACCCAAAUUGGGUAAACAAGAGUUUUGCAUCAACUCCAAAGAGUUUGUGGACAAGGGUUGGGUCAUUCCUGAGUCGGAGCUGCAGCUGAGGGAGAGUAUUGGCAAGGGAGAGUUCGGGGACGUCAUGCUGGGCAUAUUGCGCAAUGAGAAAGUCGCUGUCAAGAUGCUCAAAGACGAGGGCGCUGUGCAAAAGUUUCUAGCCGAGGCAUCGGUCAUGACCACGCUGGAGCACGAGAAUCUGGUCAAGUUUAUUGGCCUUGUUUUUACCAGCAAGCAUCUGUACUUGGUUACGGAAUACAUGAGCAAAGGAUCGCUGGUUGAUUAUUUGCGUUCUCGUGGACGACAGCACAUAACCAAAAAAGAUCAAAUCAAUUUCGCUUUUGAUACUGCCUCUGGCAUGGAGUAUUUGGAGGCCAAAAAGGUUGUGCAUCGCGAUCUAGCCGCUCGCAAUGUCCUCAUCUCAGAGGACUGUGUGGCCAAGGUAUCAGAUUUCGGUUUGGCACGCGAAGAAUGCUAUAAUCUUGAUGUUGGAAAGCUGCCCAUCAAAUGGACGGCACCCGAGGCACUUAAAAAUGGCCGCUUCUCCAACAAAUCGGAUAUGUGGAGCUUUGGCAUACUCUUAUGGGAAAUCUAUUCAUUUGGACGUGUGCCUUAUCCCAGAAUUCCACUGGCGGAUGUGGUAAAGCAUGUCGAGGUUGGCUACAAAAUGGAAGCGCCUGAGGGUUGUCCAGCCGAAAUCUAUGAGAUGAUGCGUCAGGCGUGGGAAUUGAAUCCAGCAAAGCGGCCAACGUUUGCGGAACUCAAAGUGAAGCUGCAGCACCUGAACAUUGCAACGGCGUGAGAUGCAGAUGAAGAAGCAGCUUUUUAGAUUUAACAACUAAUGAAUAAUGGAUGGAAAAAUAUUAAAAGGACUUCAUUUAACACUGACAUUGACAUUGACACAGAACACUCAACACUGAACGCAACAAUUUUUCGUACCAAUAAAUAAAUAUAUUUAUAUAUAUAUACAUAUAUAGACGUAUAUAACUAAUUUACAACAAUUUAUUUACAUAUAUAAUUUAUGCAAUAAGUUUUUUGUAAGCGAAACCCAACACAAUCAAGCAAUGUUAGUGAGUUGCGCCCAGCUAACGAUUUAAAUACUAAAAUAUAUAUCGACAUUUACUUACAUUAUAUAUAUACAUACAUAUAUACAUAAUAAAGGUAUAUAUACUGAUAUGCAGCCCUGUAUUUCUAAAAUGAUUAACCAACUGCAAGCGAGAAAGGGCAACUGUGUAGUUUACUAUUUACGAUUACGAUUACAAAAUUAUUAAUUAUUAUAUACAUACAUAUUAUUGUGUUAAUUGUAGUAUCCCCUCUUAACUUUCCUCAUUGUAUACAUUUCUUUCUCUCUCUGUCUAUAUAUAUAUAUAUGUUAUAGAAUACGCAUACAUAUGAGCGCCCAAAGCAGGACAGUUGUUAGUCCUUGUCAGUGGGCGCAAUUUCGUAUAACAAUAUUGUUUAUUGAUCGUUUUCUUUUUUGCUCUUUUGUAAUCAUUUUCUGUUUGUAGCACAAGCGACACAGCAACAAUAAAACUUGUACAACAAGUUGCUGAAUAACAACAAGAAUAUAAUAAUAAAUUAAUCAAAUUAGUUAAAUUUAGUUACAUUUACACCUAUAUAUUUCUAUGUCUUAUCAAAAUGAGAGAAAAUUCAAAAACAAAACAAAAAAUGGCAAAUUGGAAAAUCGAAUUGAAGAAAAGCGGCUUUUCGCUGCGCGUCCUUAAAAAAAAAAACAGCAACAAGAAAAGAAAAUGAAAGAAAGAAAACACUUGUGAAAAUAUGCAUUACAUAAAUACUACUAUAUAUUAACAUAAAGUUUAAAGAAAACUCUUAUAUACUUAGCAUAUGUGGCAUGAUUAAUGUUUAAUAAUCAUAAAUAAUACUUAUUAAAUUAAUACGCGCAAUUUUCCAUGUACGUACGUCUAUGUAUAACCACGAGUCCCAAUUGUUUAAUUACUCUAUCUGUCUAUAUCUUUGUUUAUUACAUACUUCAUUUUACCAGAGGAAUCUCUUUGAAACUUAUAUAUAUGAUAUAUCAAAAAACAUUCAUAUAUAUAUUAAAACGCCGCUUUAAAAAUAUUAGUAAAAACAAUAAGAGAAAUUGUAAUUUAUUUAUAAUUAUAUAUAUAUUGCUUAAUACUUAAAAAUUUAUAUACUUAGUGUUCUAUGUUUCGUUUUCCAUAAGAAACCUGUACAAUUUUUUGCUUUAACAUUUACUUUUAUUUUAUGUACAACACUCACACACAUAUACUAUAUACACACACGUUCACGUCCACAUACAUUUACAAUUAAUUUAAUUUUAAAGUUAUUACUUUUUUAAAAUAUAAACCGAAAACAACAAUUUUGUCAAACAAAUUUAUAAGUUAGCAAAAAGAAACAAAAGUUAUACACAAAAAUUUGCACGAACACGUAAUACUUAAAUGAAAUGGAUAGUAAAGAAGUUGGAGUUGAAGUUGAUGCUUGAAAGGGAUAUGAAAACUUUUAAUAAAAGUAAAAAAUUAUAA